AUGUCAUCAACUGAUUUCUUUUCGUAUAUUGUCAAUACUAAUGAACAAAUUAUUGAAAUUACAAUCAAAUGGAAUAACAGAACUAUUUUGAGUGAAAAAGAAUUAAAACUAAAAUAUAAUAAUAAAAAAAGGAAAAAUCUCAGUUGGAAAGAAUAUGUAAUUGAGAAUUUAAGAGCAGAAAAAGCUUCAUUUGAAUAUCAAACAACAGAAAAAUUGAUAGUUACAUUUUCAGUAAGAGACAUGUAUAAUUCCAAUGAUUACACUGAUGUUUAUUGUUAUAUUGAUGAAAUCAGUCAAUAUACUCACGGUUUUUAUCCACCAAAAGAUUUCAGACUAUUUUAUGAUAUUUCAACAUUAAAUUUAGGAAAACACUAUUUUUGUGUGAAAGCGUGUAAAUAUGAUAAUGAUUGGGACUGUUCAUAUACGGAAACUUUAGAAUUUUCUAUAAAUCCCCCAAAUAUACCUCCAUCACUAUCAGAAUUAAAAAUAAACCCUGAUGUAAUUCGACAGAACAGUGGCCAAGAUGUCACAUUAUCAGGGACAUUAAAUGCUCCAAUUGGCCAAGGAAACGUAAUUAUUUAUUAUUAUUUCAAUUACGAUAAGACUAAUUUAUAUAAUUUCACAAUCAAUAUCCAAAGAACUUCUUCACCUAUCAACAUUCAAAUAAAUAUUCCAAGUAAUUUGCCUGAAAACUCAAAUACUAUAUACAUUUAUGCAGUAAAAGAUGAGCAAACAAGCCCAACAUAUGAUCUUUAUUUCCAAUACAAAUAUAAUCCACCAGUUCUUUAUAUUCAAGCAGAAAACAAUAGUGAAUUCAAGAAGAAUGAUGGUAAAACUUUUAAUAUACACGUAACUAUUAGAGAUAACGAUUGUAGUGGUAGUGUUGCUCUUUUAUAUCAAAUUGAUGAUUUUCAAGUCAUUAAGUUAAAUCAAUACACUAUUUCCAAUAAUAACGAAAUUACUAAUGACUUUUAUAUUUAUUUUCCACAAAAUUUUCCAGAGAGUAAUAGUCACACAAUAACUUUAUGGGCAAAAGAUGAAAAAUACAAAAAAUCAUCAAUUUUCAAAUUUAAUUUCUCAUAUGUGUAUAAUUCUCCUGUUCUUUCUAUUACAACCCCUACAAACAUUAACUUAUAUCGGACAACAAAUAAAACAAUUACCAUAAGUGGAAUAAUUAAUGAUGCAGAUCGUGCAGGGACUAUUUAUAUUAAUUAUAGAUUUGAUGAACAAGAUAUCAAAACAUUAACAAAUGGAAAUAUCAACUCACAAGGUACAUUUUCAUUUUCAGAAGAAGUUAAUCUUCCUACAAUUUUAUCAGAAGGAAGUCAUCACAUCUCAGUAUGGUGUUAUGAUGAAAAAAACAAACAAACAAAUACAGAAAGAAUUGUGUUUAUUUAUUAUUAUAAUAAACCAGAACUCACAAUCACUUCACCAAUAAAUGAACAAUAUUGGCGUGGCAAUAACAAUAGUAUUCAUGUUGAAGGCAAAGUUGUUGACAAAGAUGGAUUUGGUAUUGUUACAAUUAAAUGUUUCAUUGAUGAUAUUUUCAUUCAAAGCAAUGAAUAUCAAAUUUCAAAUGUAAAUCCUCAACCAUUCACAUUUGAUUUACUAUUCCCAUCUUAUCUUAGUGAAUCAACUCAUAAACUUAUUAUUACAGCUGUUGAUGACUCAAAUAAAGCAGAUACAAAAUUUCAAUUAUUUAAUUACAAAUAUAAUCCACCAGUUCUUUCUAUUUCAGCAUUAAACAAUCAAGAGUACAAGAAGAAUGACGGUCGAUCAAUUUUUAUUGCAGGCAGUCUGCGUGAUGAAGAUCGAUGUGGAAAUGUCACUCUUUUCUACAAGUUCGAUGGUAAUUAUGAAUCACAAUCGAUCAAUUAUCCAAUCAAUGACACAUAUAUUCACAUAUUAAAUAUUCCAGUUCAAUUUCCAUUAGAUUUUCCAGAAAGUAAUAGUCAUACAAUAACUAUCUGGGCAACAGACGAAACAAACAAAAAUUCAUCAAUAUGCAAAUUGAACUUCUCAUAUCAAUACAACUCACCAAUUUUCAAAAUCAAUAAUCUUACUCAUCAUAAAUUCAUGCGUCUCAACACUAUCAAAAUCAACAUCACAUAUGAACAUAUCGACAAAACAUCUUUAUCUUCACUAUAUAUAUCAUAUGAUGAUGAAUAUAACAUUAGUUCAACACAAACCAUUUCAACUCCUUCUAAUUUCAUUGAACAAUUUGACAUUCCAAACUAUGCUAAAUUCGGAACCCAUUAUUUAACAGUUUAUGGCUGUGAUAUUUAUAACCACUGUAACAAAUCUAAUGAAAUUUACUUCGAGGUUGAUCGAUAUUUAACAACGAACAAAAUCGAUUAUAAACUUUUUAGGAAUUUCAAGACUAAGCCAAACAAAUACAGAUAA